GUCUACCUUCCUCAAUGCAGGGAGAAGUUAGCAGUCGGCUGCCAGUCUGGUCUGUAGCCACGAUGGACGCAAUGCCAUGCCUUCUGCUCGUCCUCCUGUUCGGGACAAGGAUACAAGAAAAUACCGCCCUCCAAUGUUACUGUGACCGCUGCAGUGCCAACUCCAGCUGCACAACUGAUGGCGUCUGUUUUGUUGCCAUCCGCAAGUCAGGCAGCCGGCUGACCACCGAGCAGCGCCAGUGCGUACAUGAAAACGAACUGAUUCCGCGAGACCGGCCAUUCAUCUGUGCCCCGUCCGUCAAACGUGACACUGGUAUUUACCCAAUGUGCUGUACCACGGACUACUGCAACAAAGAGCCCGACCUCAAAAUCUUCCCUGUCCCCACCGUAAAGCCUCCUCCCCUGGGCCCCGUGGCCCUCGCAGCAGUGAUUGCCGGCCCAGUGUGUGUUCUCUGCCUGCUUCUUGUUGUGGCGUUUUAUGUUUGCCAUAGCCACAGGGGUCUGGGGGCUGGGGGUGCCGGGGCCCACCAUCACCACCACCACCGGGUGCCCAACGAAGAGGACCCCUCCAUGGACCAUCCCUUCAUCACUGUUGGAACUACACUGAAGGACCUCAUCUACGACAUGACCACCUCAGGCUCUGGAUCAGGCCUGCCGCUACUGGUUCAGAGAACCAUUGCCAGGACCAUCAUCCUCCAGGAGAGCAUUGGUAAAGGGCGUUUCGGAGAGGUGUGGCGGGGAAAGUGGCGUGGUGAGGAGGUGGCUGUGAAGAUUUUUUCCUCUCGCGAGGAGCGCUCCUGGUUCCGCGAGGCUGAGAUCUACCAGACCGUGAUGCUAAGACACGAGAACAUUCUGGGUUUCAUUGCCGCUGACAACAAAGAUAAUGGGACGUGGACUCAGCUGUGGCUGGUGUCAGACUACCAUGAACACGGCUCCCUGUUUGACUACCUGAACCGAUACACUGUCACUGUGGAGGGCAUGAUCAAACUGUCCCUGUCCACAGCCAGCGGCCUCGCUCACCUCCACAUGGAGAUAGUGGGCACCCAAGGUAAGCCAGCUAUUGCCCACAGAGAUCUGAAGUCAAAGAACAUCCUAGUGAAGAAGAAUGGGACAUGCUGCAUCGCGGACCUGGGUCUAGCUGUCCGCCAUGACUCAGCCACCGACACCAUCGACAUCGCUCCAAACCACAGAGUGGGAACCAAAAGGUAUAUGGCUCCAGAGGUCCUGGACGACUCCAUUAACAUGAAACACUUUGAGUCUUUCAAGCGAGCUGACAUCUAUGCCAUGGGACUGGUCUUCUGGGAGAUCGCCAGCCGCUGCUCUAUGGGAGGCAUCCAUGAGGAUUACCAGCUGCCCUACUACGACCUGGUUCAGUCAGAUCCAUCAGUGGAGGAGAUGAGGAAGGUGGUUUGUGAGCAGAAGCUUCGUCCCAACAUUCCCAACCGCUGGCAGAGCUGUGAGGCCUUGCGGGUGAUGGCGAAAAUAAUGAGGGAGUGUUGGUAUGCCAACGGUGCCGCCCGACUUACUGCUCUCCGGAUCAAGAAAACCCUGUCUCAGCUCAGCCAACAAGAGGGAAUCAAGAUGUAGACACAACUACCAAACACACACACGCACACACACCUCUGACUUGCAUCCAUAUCGUUAGCAUUACAGCAUAAUUAUCUUCAUUAUUAUUCAUCAAUUGUUCCUCCCAUUGGGUUUUAAGGGAAGUGAAGAAUAUUUUCCCCUUGUGCUCUUUUUUCUUAUCCCAUUUCAUUCAUUGACAAAUUGAUGAAUCCUGCACCUGAAACUCAGGAACCAUCUAUGUAUGUGUGUUUUGGCUGACAUGCACACACGAAUGGCUGGAUCGAUGGAUAAAUGGAUGGAUGGAUCUGAUGAGGGGUGGUUGUUUCUGAGGGGGAUAAAAGAGGCAUUAAAAAAAGCCUCCAUUCAUUAUCCCCAAUGUUAAUUCACUAUACUCAUCACAUGACGUCUCUCAAAGACCCAUAGAGGCAACUGGUGUCCAUCUCAACUCCCGCCUCCACUGCUCAUCACACACCCUGCCAAUAAGAGCUCAGACCUCAUCGGGUAAACAAAAAGCCAGACAGGUAGCUGGCAAUCACCUUGGAGGCCCCUGAGCUGCCGGAGCUUCGCUCUCAUCUCCUCAUGUCUUCAUUAUCACCUCCACAUUUGUAUAUUAGCAUUUCAUUCCUAACUUCAGAGGGUUAAGGCACUCUUCAGUAGGGCUGCAAGUUACUCAUUAACAUUUUUAUUCAAAUGAAUAAGUGUGAAUAAAUGGUUUAAAAAAUUAAAAUGGAAUUUUUGAUCAAUCCAGACCACAUGUUCGGUUAACACAUAAGCUCAACACAAAGAGACUUUUACAAAUGUAACUCAAACAUACAUUCUUGAAAGACUGUAACUAUGUGCACUCUAAUGCAUACCAUUUUUUGCUGUGGCUCAUGAAAACAAGAGAAAAUCAGUGAAUAUCUAUCAAUACAACAUGUUUGGAAAUAAACAAAUGCGAUUAAGUUUUUAAAUGUUAUAAGCUCCGCAAUACCCUAUUUUGAAAUUCAACUUCUGUUGAAUAUUUAUUGUUGAAAUUUGAAUACCCCUGAAUUUAAAGCGCUGAAAAUGUUGACCAUACUAAACUACUAUCUGUAUGUAUGUGGUUUAAUUAACUUAAAAUUUGGCAAACAUUAAUUUUUGGAAUUUAAAAAGUCAGAAUGCCCAAAUUGGAUUGAUGAAAUUUAUCCACCAAGAUUUAAGAUAAAAAAUUCAAACUGGAACAUCCUGACGGCAAGGAAAAACAAUCAAGCUGAAUGGAAUCAACCGGACCUUUGUCCUAUCAGGUUCUGUGUUGACUGACGCUAAAUAGCCUGUCAAAUCUGCCCAAUCGUCAAAAGUGAGUAGCAGGUUAAUAUCAGCAGAUGUAGCCAACUAAUUAUGUUUAUAUUGGCGAUCUAGUAAUUAAAGUCGCAGAAUUACCAGCUACAUGACCCACUUCCUCUUAAUCACCGGGCUAAGAGUGACUCAGCCAUGAUCAGUAGUAUUUCAGAGAGUAAAGAUUAUUCAACAAAGACAGUUUCUGAUGUGAAGUUGUUUGCAGCCCUACUCUUGAGUCAUUUUACAGUAUAACUGGGGACUUAAGCGAGGACCUGGGGGUCAUGGGACAGUCUGUAAGCCGCCCUGUGGGGUUCACAAAAACGUUGGCUUCAUCUAGUUGAGUUGUGAGCAGAAUCUCUCAUCUCUGCAACAAUUUUGCACCUGUUCUUCAUUUGUUAUUGUUGUAUUUCCCCGUCUCCCUACAUAUUAUCAGGGAGUCGGACAGGUCAGUUUAAUUUAUUGUGUUUUUCGAAUUCUUUUUGGUGGCAGGGGAUCUUUUUGCAAAACUAAACUGGACAUGAUGACCUCAUUCAUUUUUGGCAAACAUGCUGCAACAUAUGCAAUAUACAGUAGAUAAAUGUGUCUAUUUUCUAUACUCUGCUCUGCUAAACCACAAACAGCAAGAACAACAAGAACAACAACAAUCAGCUGCCACCAUGCCUUCUAAGCCAGCUGUUACCAGAAAGUGCCAGUGCUUUAAAAAACCCAACUCCUCUCAUGUCAGCUGCUGUGGAGUGUGUUUGUUCUCGCAUGUAUGCAUCUCUGUGCGUGUGUCAGACGGGGCCUGGGGGAGCCCUGCCGAGCAUACAGCAAGCUCGUACUAUGCACACCCAAGAAGUAGGGAUGGAAAUCAAGAAGGGACACACACUGCACAUCACAGCACCCACAACCCAGCUGACUCCCUGGUGCCAUUUUGUCAACCCUGCCACCUGAACACUCAACCACCUCAGCGACAACUCAUUGUACAGCUUUUUCCUCUCAGUGGACUGAGUCUGGAAACUGAGCUCCAGCACUUCAAACUGUGUUCACCACAAAAGCCUAAGGCGGCUUUCAAAAAGAGACACAAAGACUUGUAAGCAUUAUUGAUGUUGCCCUAUAAAUUUAAACUCUUGGAUUUCUUAAUUUGUUCUCUUGUGUUUGCGCCAUUGAAAGCACAGGAGCGCAAAUCAACCUUUCAAGUAUUUUCUUCUCUGUAGGAUAAUCAACAAAAAAACAGUGAGGUACAUUCAUUUAAAUAUAACAAAUGGAUAUUUACUAAGCCAUAGGUUUUCCAGGUCGUUCAUCAUUUUUUCUUUUUUAUGGCAAGGUCUUUUUCUACUAGAAUGUACAUUUACGAAAAACAAAAGAUGAAAAAAAAUAUGCCUAAAUUGGGCAAUUUUGUCAUUUCAGCUUAGCAAGCCUUAAGGGACCAAUGCAUAAGAGUCAGGAUCUGCUCUUCUUUUUUCCCCCUUUAUUUUGUGUGUGUGUGUGUUUGUUUAAAAGAUA